GGCAAUAAGAGCAUUUCAACAAUUAUUGUACUUGAAUCCUUGUUUUUCAUGUGCGAAUGAGGCUCAUUUGCGUCUCGGGUUUAUGCUCAAAGUAGUUGGUGAAUAUAAAGCAUCAUUAAAGCAUUAUCAAUUAGCGUUACUUGAUAUAUCACCGUCAACAUUCACCCAACUUCAGAUUCGAUUUCAUAUUGCACAUCUGUAUGAAGUCCAGAACAAACACAAAGCGGCAAAGGAGGCAUAUGAACAACUUUUGCAUGAUAAGGAACUAACAUUAGAUUUAAAAGCAGAUAUUUAUAGACAACUGGGAUGGAUGUACCACUGUGUUGAGUUAUUAGGAGAUAAGAAACAAAGAGAAACAUACGCAAUACAUUGUUUACAAAAGUCCAUCGAAGCUAAUCCAAAUUCAGGACAAUCAUUAUAUUUGUUAGGUAGAUGUUAUGCUGGAAUAAAUAAAGUGCAUGAUGCAUUCAUAGCAUAUAGAAAUUCGGUUGAGAAAAGUGAAGGAAACGCUGAUACAUGGUGUUCUAUAGGUGUUUUAUAUCAACAACAAAAUCAACCUACUGAUGCUUUACAAGCAUAUAUCUGUGCAGUACAACUAGAUAAAAAUCAUAAAGCAGCUUGGACGAAUUUAGGAAUACUAUAUGAAAGUUGUGGGCAACCUAGGGAUGCGUAUGCAUGUUAUUUAAAUGCAACAAGGAAUGUUGAUAGUAACUCACACAAAAAAGAUACCACUGCCAAUAAUUUAAAUCGAAUACACGAUAGGUUAAAUUGUACAUCAUUAGAUACUUCAGUGCAAUUGAAAACAAUAGAGUGCCAAGGCUUGACUAAAGGAUUGGCACAACGUAUAAAAUUUUUAGAAACACAGUUGGCGCAAGCUCCUAUGCCAAGUAUAACAUCAAAAAGACGACAACUUUGUUCUAUUGAAGAGGCCUGGAAUUUACCAAUUUCGCUGGAAAUGAGUUCAAGACAACAGCAACAACAUCAGCAUUCAACACAUAUACAACAACGUCAAAUUAACAAAACUUCCACACAUGGAUCUAAUACACAGGGACCACCACCACCAUAUCCGCACCAGGGCACGAACGCCAGUCCUGUGCCAGCAAAAAGGUUCAAAGAUGAAAAUGCAACGCAGCCACAAAUUCAAACUGGUAGUCGCCCGGCUCAACCUGCAUUUUUUCUGUCACAGCAGCAAUUGCAGAUGUUGAAUUUCUUGCAACAAAAUCAAAGUACAUUGAAUCCACAACAACAAAUGGUUUUCCAACAGCUUGGUAAUCAGUAUCGACUGAUGCAGCAAUAUCAGCAAUCAAUGCGCCAGCAACAACAGUUGCAACAGCAACAGCAGCAGCUCCAACUUCAGCAGCAACAGCUGCAACAACAGCAACAACAACAGUUGCAAGUGCAGCACCAGCAGCAGUUGCAACAGCAACCCGCAGUAGCACAAGGUAUGCAGUUAGCAAAUAUUCAUGGGCAGAUGCAGCAAAUGAAUACAUCAGUGUUACCGCCUAAUGCGGAUGAUACCAUGAACAUACCCCCACCAGCAUAUAGUGCACCGCAACAAACGGAUUUGAACACUCUUACUCAACCAAAAGGAGUGUCAAUGCCAGUACAGGCAAUUGAAUCUGGUGCUGAGUUUCCGAAUUUGUCACCAGGAAGCGAUCAAAAUGACUUAGGUGUAAGUGAUCAAGAACUGCAAGCUAUUCUGUCACAAAAAGAUUUAGCAUCGUCAUUCGCAGACGAUAUACUAAAAACGUUUAGCGCUGAAAAUUUAGAUAUUAAGGAAGAAGAUCUCGAUGAUACUACACAGGACUUAUUUAGUGGUUUAUCACCAAGUAUUAGAAACAAAACACCACCUAUAAAAUGCGAGGCAACAUCAACGUCUACGAAUAACAUUCAAACCCACGCAACACAACAUAAAGAAGGUGCUAUCAAAGUUGAAGUAGCAGAUAAUGAGGAAGAGGAAGAAUUUGAGACUGAAAUAGUAAACAUGAGAAUGGAGAAAGUUUACGAAGAUGAUGAUGAUGAAACAAAUGAAGGUAACGAAGCAGCCCCCAAAUAUUCGAUACAAAUGGAUUCAAAGCAAUUGCUAGCAGCUUUAAAACAUGCUCCAAUAAAUGAACCACCACCAAAUUGCUCAGUGUUGCACAUAAAUGCUCCACCUCCAUCACCACCUGACUGUCCACCACAACGAUUGACACGUGAUCAAUUAUUACCACCAACACCUUCAGUACAUUUGGAAAAUAAGAAGCAUGCAUUCAGUCCACAGCUUCAGGAGUUUUGUCUUAAACAUCCAAUAGCUGUUGUGCGUGGCUUGGCAGGAGCGUUAAAGCUUGAUUUAGGCUUGUUUUCAACCAAAACAUUAGUGGAAGCAAAUCCUGAUCACAGUGUGGAAGUGCGUACGCAAGUACAUCAACCACCUGAUGAGAAUUGGGAUGCGUCUCAGGCGAAACGGGUUUGGGCCUGUAUUUCGCAUAGAGCUCAUACAACCAUUUCGAAAUAUGCCCAGUAUCAAGCUUUAAGUUUUCAGGAAAGUUUGAAGGAUGAUCGUGAAAAAGUUUCGAAAGGUGUACAAACAAUGUCCGACUCAGACUCCAAAGACUCAAUAAGCAAUUCGAAUACAAACGGAAAGAAGAAGAAGCAUAAAAAUAAUAAUAAAAUGUUAAGAUUUGGUACUAAUGUGGAUUUGUCAGAUGAACGCAAAUGGAAACCACAAUUAGCAGAAUUACAGAAGCUACCAGCUUUUGCUCGUGUAAUUUCGGCUGCAAAUAUGUUGUCGCAUGUUGGCCACGUUAUUUUAGGAAUGAAUACAGUGCAAUUGUAUAUGAAAGUACCAGGGAGUCGUACCCCAGGUCAUCAGGAGAAUAACAACUUCUGCUCUAUAAACAUUAAUAUUGGUCCUGGUGAUUGUGAAUGGUUUGCUGUGCCUGAUGCAUAUUGGGGUGGUAUACAUAAUCUUUGUGAAAAGAAUAAUAUAAGUUAUUUACACGGAUCAUGGUGGCCAGUAUUAGAAGAUCUAUAUAAGGACAACAUACCCGUGUAUAGAUUUAUACAACGUCCUGGAGAUUUAGUUUGGGUAAAUGCUGGAUGUGUUCACUGGGUGCAAUCAGUAGGUUGGUGUAAUAAUAUUGCUUGGAAUGUUGGUCCACUGACUGCUCGCCAAUAUUCAUUAGCUGUUGAGCGGUAUGAAUGGAAUAAACUACAAAAUUUUAAAAGCAUUGUGCCAAUGAUACAUCUGAGCUGGAACCUUGCGCGCAAUAUAAAAGUAUCCGAUCCAAAACUUUUUGAAUUGAUAAAGAUGUGCUUAAUGCAAACUCUAAGAUAUGUUAUACAUACUUUAGAAUAUGUUAAGAUGAAAGGAGUGGAAGUACGUUUUCAUGGGCGGGGCAAAAAUGAAGCAUCGCAUUAUUGCGGCCAAUGCGAGGUUGAAGUAUUUAAUGUUCUUUUCAUACGUGAACAAGAAAAACGUCACGUCGUACAUUGUAUGGCCUGUGCACUAAAAUUAUCACCAAGUUUACAAGGUAUUGUUUGUCUGGAGGAAUAUCGGUUGUUGGACCUAUUGAAAACAUAUGAUGCUUUCACCCUCUACAAACCACCGGCAGUGCCACUAAGUCCACAUCCGACCGUAUGAUAUGAAAACACUAGUUCUAGUUAAAUCAUAUUUUAAUAGUAAUAAUUCUAUAGAUAAAGUAUUUUUUUUAUACACUCAAAUCUAAAAAAAAGAA